AUGUAUAUUUGAGAGCAUUGAGGAGCCGUUGGACUAGUUGAAAAUUGACGAAGACAACCCAUCCGGAAAGGUUUGACAAAACCGGAGCGUUUAAUAAUUGCGGUAUAAAUAAGCCAGCUAUUGUUGACAAAGGCACAGUAUACUUUGUUUGCUCCUUGGUUAGAGACAACAUGAACAUGUAUUUGGUGGUAUCCUGCCUGCUGGCGACCGUAGCAGUGGCGUUCGCCAACCCGCACGGAAUUGCUUUACUUGCCCAUAACACUAUUGAAAGUAUUCCAAACCCCAACUACAGGUUCGACUAUUCUGUCAACGACCCACACACUGGUGACAAUAAGGCGCAAUGGGAAGAGCGUAACGGCGACAACGUCCAAGGGUCGUACUCGCUUGUUGAACCCGACGGCAACAUCCGCACCGUUGACUACACCGCCGACCCACACAGGGGUUUCAACGCCGUGGUCAGGAAAUCGGGACCCAACAUCAACUCCGUUUCUUACUCUGCUCCAGCAGUUAUCCAAACCCAAGUGGCGGAUGUCGCUCCCGUAGCUGACAUCGGACACUAUGGCCAUGCCAACAUUGUUCAGCAGGCUUCAGUAGUCGAAAAUGUGCCAGUUGUUGAAAACGUCCCAGCCCUUCAACAAACUUCCGUUAUCGAUCAUGUCCCCGCCGUUCAACAGACGUCAUACAUAGACCACGCGCCUGCCAUUCAACAGACGUCAUACAUAGACCACGCGCCCGUGGUUCAACAGGCGUCAUACAUCGACCACGUCCCCACUGUCCAACAGGCCUCAUACAUCGACCACGUCCCAGCCGUUCAACAGACGUCCUACAUCGAUCACGCCCCUGCGCCUAUCACUGAACACGCGCCUCUCCAGACCCCACAAAACAUCUACAACUCUAUUCUCGACAACGCGAAUUUGAUUGCGCCAUCGCACAAUUUAAAUCUGUUGUCUCUCCUGCAACCGAACCACGCCCCGUGGGUGUCUGUAUCGGGCUCGUCGUACGGCCAUGGCGGACAAGUGCUGCACAGGUGGUCGGCUGGUCCCAUCCCCUUGGACAGACACACCCUCACCAUCAGAACGCGACAUUAACCAGACGAUAAGCUGUCGUUAGAUAAGCUAUACUAUAACGACUUCUCCGUGUUUAAGUAACCUAUUUGUUACUCGCGGCCCUAGUGUGUUCUUGCAUAUGAUAUGAUGCGUGCAAAAAUACACAUAGGUCUUUAGAAGUUAAGAUGAAUUUGUUGUGUAUCCAGAGCAAAUAAGUGUAUAUAAUUUAUUUUCUGAUUGUGCCUGUAAAUAUACUGUUCUAAUGAAGACAAUAUUGAAAUAAU